GUGAAAGAUUGUUUGACCUCUCUCUUUUGCUUACAGUAAUUUUAAUUAUAUUUUUACUUUGGCUGUAUUUUUCGGUCAUUGUUCGAGUUGAAUAUUAUCUUGAUUGCGAUAUACGAGGAAGGAGGGAAAGAAAGAGGGAAAGAAAGAGGGAAAGAAAGAAAGAAAGAAAGAAAGAAAGAAGGAAGCAAAGAAGGAAUACCGGUAGUGACUUUUGGUGCAUAGUUGCAUUAUUAUCACCAAGGAGACUUCUGUCGGAGAAAAAGGAAUAAUUACGAUUUAUUGAGUUGAAUGGUAGCAGGAGACGUGUUGGAGAGAUCGAGAUCCUACCAGGGUAUUUCAUCGGUUCGAGCUUUUAGAGUUGUUGCUUACGAUAGUGGGGUAAUCUUUCUUCAACAUAACCCUCGUCUCGCCUUCAUCAUUAGGGAAAGGAGUCGACUUCCGCUAAGGAGAGAUUUUCCGCUGGUUCGGAAGCCAGAAAGGCUGCGAAAUUUACAAAGGCAAAGAAGUUUAUGAUUUUACGAAAUUUUGGGGGAAAUAUAUUUAAGGCAAGAUGGACGCCCUUAUGAGUGGGAUGAGUGGUGGUAUGGAUAUGGGUUCGAAUGGAAUGUUUAAGCCGUAUAAUCAAAAACUGGCUUUAGGGUAUUGGUAUAUUAUUGCUGGGUUUGUGGGCGCGGUGUUAUUGUGUAGGGGGUUUGAGAAAUGGAGGGAUUGGGAUAGGUUAGUGAUUUCUUCUUCUUUGGAUUUAGGAAGUGUGUUGUGAUUGGUGGUUUGGAAGUCGACUUUCUAUGUCUCUACUUGGAAAGUUCCAUGCAUGAGACUAGAAGAGACGAAGUUUGUCUCUUUUCUAUGUGAUGGCAAUGAUAUACGUUCGGAUUGCUAACAUAGCUCAAUAGACUUCGGAGAAGCCAGACAGGUUCUUUGAGAUAUCCAACCAAACCUAGUAAUCGCCUCCAGGAGAUGUACGCAACAGCUACAGCUAUUUUUCGAGAAUUAUCAUAUCCACAAAUUCACAUCUCAACUCCUUAUCUUUCCUGGCUAUCCCCUCCCUCUUCAGGCCGUACUGUCCUUCUCCUUUGCUAUUGGGCGAUCUUGAUCUUCAUGAUGACAUAUGGUUCCAUUAUAAAAGAUGCCUACUACUACGAACGCAUUGGAUUUCGCGGAGCUUGGAUCUCCGUUACACAAGUCCCGCUCGUCUAUCUACUUUCUUCCAAGUCAAGUGUCAUUGGAGCUUUGAUUGGAAGUUCUCAUGAAAGACUAAACUGGUUCCAUCGCUGGGUUUCGAGGACUCUACUAAUUACCGUUACGGUUCAUGGUGCCUUCUUCUUCCGGGAAUGGGUUCGAGCAGACUUUGUCGCUUUUGAGCUAAGUCUUAUGCCGAUGGUGAAAUAUGGGAUGGGCGCAUGGGGACUUUUGCUUUGGACAUUUUUGAGCUCUCUAAGUCCGUUGAGGAGAAUGGCUUAUGAAGUAUUCGUGUUACAGCAUAUUGCUUGUGCGGGAGUAUUCUUGUGGCUACUGUACAUUCAUGUACCUGAAUAUGCUAGGUAUAACAUAUGGUUUGCCGUAGCAGCCGUAUCAUUCGAUUGGGUUCUAAGAGGCAUCUUACUGAUUGUCAGAAAUUUCAGAGUGAAGGUUGCUGGAGCAGCUUGCAGAGGAAUGCAAAGAAUCGGCCACCAGGCGGAGCUACAGGCUUUGAGUGACGAUAUAACUAUAAUCAGCAUCAAAGACGCACCAUUCACAUGGAAAGCAGGUCAACACAUGUAUCUCUGGCUUCCGAGGCUCGGUCCACUUGAAACUCAUCCUUUCACUAUCGCGAGUCCAUAUCAGACAUCGAAUAAGUGUCAUUGCAAUGAAAUUCAACUUGCGAUCCGCGCUCAGAAAGGAUUUUCACGGAGGAUACAUAAUUAUGCAAAAAAAAUGCAGAGCCUCGAUAAAAGCGCUAUUCUGACGGCAUUCGUGUCCGGUCCAUAUGGUGUUCCUCCAGUAUGUGCAUUCUCUCUUUUCACAUCAAAACCAACAUUUUAACUAACUUUACUUGCAGAAUUGGAGUUCUUAUGAGACUAUACUUCUGAUCUCCGCCUCUACUGGUGCAUCCUAUACCCUCCCCAUCCUCGAAUCCAUACUUCAUAAUCCCGCACCAACAUGUGUGCAGCGGAUUCAGUUCCUUCUUGUAGUCCGCGAACGUAGCCAUAUCGAGUUCUAUACCAAACGAUUAGGAAGCGCGUAUGAUAUUGCAGACAGAAGGGGUAUUCAAUUAAUUGUGAAAAUCGCCGUGACCGGCGACGAUGGAGCAUCAAUGACCAGCUCCAAAGUGGAAGAAGGAAGAGCAGGAUAUCGACCAAGCAACGAGGAGAAAGAAGGUGACAUGACCAUUAAAUCUAUUGCAUCUAGUACGACAACACAGGCAGAAGGAUGCUGUUGUAAUCCACGAUCCAGUGGAACAGCAAACGACGAUGGUAUUUCAAUCCGAAGUCUCAAACGUCAAUCAUAUACCGACGAAAAAAAGAUAGAUGAAACAUCCUACGUCACCACCCAACAAAUAUCCCGCUCCUCUGAGGAAUAUCGGCAAGCUGGCGGUGGUGGAUGUUGCUGCGCCAAGAAAUCAGAAAAUAAAUCAAGCGAGAAAGCAAAGAGGGGAGAAAGAGAUAUAAUAUACCUAAGUGGAAGACCCGAUAUAAGUCAAUUUAUUAGAGGACCAAUAGAAACCACAGGAGGAGAAACCGCAAUAACAGUUUGUGGAGGAAAAAGUUUAGUGGCUAAGGUUAGAAACUCGACGGCGAGGUUGAGUGAUGAGAGGGCUGUACAUAAAGGGACCGGGGCGAACGGUAUUUUCUUGCAUGUCGAGGAGUAUUGUUUUUAAGUGAAUUCAGAUAGACCUUUGUAGUUUAUAUUACAUCGAUGUUUCUACUAUUCUU